CGGGAGCGCGCAGCGGCAGCGCGGCAGAGCGGCAGCGCGGUCCGGGAGGCGAGAGGACGAGUGUCAAGUCUCUUUGAUUCUUAUCAAACUAUCGUGCUGAAAAGUCUCCCACGUGAUGCCGAGUCCGAAAGGGUGUAUUUUUACAUCCGCGGGGGACAACGGUAACGUAACGGUAACGUAACGUUAACAAAGCAAGUAACGGUAAAGUAACGUAACGUAACGGUAUCGUAACGGUCGGGGCUUUUAAAUUUAAGCUAGCUUAGUUUCCCGGUUUCUGCCGGACUCUCCAGGACUCUCCAGGACUCUCCAGGACUCUCCCGGACUCUGCCGGACUCUGCCGGACUCUGCCGGACUCUGCCGGACUCUGCCGGACUCCUUUAUGGACGUCUCGCGGCUCGUUUGGAAUAAACCAACAUGUUCUCCGCUCGGAAGAGAAGGAAACCUGCGCACAAAGGAGUCAGGCCCGUCCCAGCCGAGGGCGGCAAGUCCAACCCGUCCAAGCGGCACCGGGACCGCCUGAACUCUGAGCUGGACCGGCUGGCCGGCAUGCUGCCCUUCCCCCAGGACGUCGUCUCCAGCCUGGACAAGCUGUCCAUCCUGCGGCUCAGCGUCAGCUUCCUCCGGACCAAGAGCUUCUUCUCCGUGACACUGAAGAACCCGCCGUCCAACGGAGUGAAGGAAAGCAGCGAUGACAUCACAGCGUCCGUGGGCGGGGCCGUACCUGAGGGGGAACUGCUGCUGCAGGCCCUGAACGGCUUCGUCCUGGUGGUCACAGCUGACGGAACCGUCUUCUUCUGCUCUCACACCAUCCAGGAUUACCUCGGCUUCCAUCAGACUGACGUGAUGCACCAGAGCGUGCUGGAGCUGAUCCACACCGAAGACCAGCAGGAGUUCAGGAGCAACCUGCACUGGGCCCUCAACCCCCCAGCCGGCCUGGCCCCCUCCACGGAUCCCUUAGCCGAUGGCGAGUCGGCGUCGAGCUCCUCCUGCCUGGUGAACUACGAGCCAGACCAGCUUCCCCCGGAGAACUCCUCCUUCCUGGAGAGAAGCUUCGUCUGCCGCUUCCGCUGUUUGUUGGACAACUCCUCCGGCUUCCUGGCGCUGAACAUUCAGGGUCGCCUCAAGUUCCUCCACGGUCAGAGCCGCCAGCGGUGCGACAGCGAGGGCGGCGCCCCGCCUCAGCUCGCCCUGUUCGCCAUCGCCACCCCCCUCCAGUCUCCGGCUAUCCUGGAGAUCAGGACCAGGAACAUGAUCUUCAGGACCAAGCACAAGCUGGACUUCACACCCAUGUCCUGCGACGCAAAGGGUAAAAUUGUUCUAGGCUACACGGAGGCGGAGCUAAGAGUUCGAGGCUCGGGGUACCAGUUCAUCCACGCCGCCGACAUGCUGUACUGCGCCGAGAACCACGUCCGGAUGAUGAAGACGGGCGAGAGCGGCCUCACCGUCUUCAGGCUGCUCACCAAGGACAACCGGUGGAAGUGGGUCCAGGCCAACGCCAGGCUCGUCUACAAGAACAGCAAGCCCGACUACAUCAUCGCCACCCAGAGGCCGCUGGUGGACGAGGAAGGAGGGGAACACCUGAGGAAGAGAUCCAUGCACCUUCCCUUCACCUUCGCCACCGGAGAGGCGACUCUCUACCAGACGGGUUACCCGCUGCACGGCUUCCCUGACUCCUUCCAGGGAAAAGCCAAAGGCCACAAGUCCAAGAAGGGGAAAUUGGACAAGAGCUGUUCUGAUGAUCUGGACCCGGGGUCCCUGCUGGGAGCGCUGAUGAGCCAGGACGAGUCUGUGUACGUCUGCCGACCGGACACGGAGCCCAAGGUGUCGCAGCACCGCGGCCUUCUCGGCGAGCAGCAGAGCGACGGCUGCCACGUGGCGUCCCCACCCGGCUAUGACCCCCUGCUGGCCACGCUGGACUCUCUGAGCCUGGACGCAGAGGAGCCGUGCUCCAACAGCGAACUCUUCAGUGCCCUGGAGAACCUGGGCCUGAACGCCGAGGACCUGGAGCUGCUGCUGCUGGACGAGAGGAUGAUCCAGGUGGAGCUGGGCCCGAGCCAGGUCCCGACCCUCUGUGACCUUCUCACCAACAACGAGAUCCUCUCCUACAUCCACGACUCUCUUGAGAGCGGGACGGAGGCGCAGGGACAAGGAGACGGAGGUGGGUUUGGACCGGCGGCCCAAAGCGUCCUCCAGCAGCCACUGGCCUGUUUCGCACCCGCCGUCCUUCUGGCUCCUCCCAUCACCCAACUGUCACAGCAGAUGCUGCAGCACAUCAGUGCAGAAGUGAACGCUCACCCGGGACAGAUUCAUUCCGUCUCCCAGCCCGGGACAUCCGACUCCCAGAUUGGGAUCCCUAACGCGGCAGACCGCCACCAUCACGGCAGCUACCGCAGCCACUGCCACCCACGCGCUGCGCCUCGAGCCUCGCAGCUGAACGGCGGACACAAACCUCUUCUUCUGGAGUCGGGUCACCAGUGGCAGCCUCAGCGGGACCAGCACCCGGCCCCCCCGCAGAGCCUCCCGGACCAGCUCACAACAAACAGGUCUUACCUCCCAAACGAACACGGAGCCUUCCCCCCGAGCGCGCAGGGCGGCCAGGCGGGCUACAUCACCUCGGGCGUCAGUCACUAUCCGACCUCCCAGCAGCUGCAGGGAGACCACGCACGCCUGCCGUGCCCGGCCCAGAGCUCUGCGUCCCAGCCGCCGUUAGAGGCCUACGGCACCUUCACCCCACUAGAGCCCCCCCACAGCAAGCUGGAGAACAGUUGCCUCCUCGGGGGCACCAACGCCGCGUACAUCCGCACCUGUCUGAUGCCCAACGGGAACGCAGUGGCGCCCGGCGACCUCCCGGACAGACUCAGCGCCCUGCAGGACGCCCAGACGUCAGGAUUUUACCUGUGAGAGGAGGAGAAAGAGGUGCUCAGCAGGACCACGUCAGGUCUGCUUCUGAAGGAGAGGUGUUCAGCAUCCAUGUUCUCCCUCAUGUGUAAAUACAGCGUUACCGGCCAGUCGCUCUGCACCCGAGAACAAGGUACACGUCUCCAAUACUGACUGACAGGUCGCAGCUUCAUAGAUGACGGAAAGGAGACUCUCCUUCACGUUGUUGAGCGCUGCAACCAUUUAACAUGACAAUCGUGGACCUUUGGCGGAUGAAGGACGCGGCAAAAGAUCAAUCAGCUCCACAAUCACAUCCUAGCUUUCAGAUUCUUCUUCCUGAACCAUAGCUGCCGUAGAAAUGUGGGAUACUGCAGCUCAGAGUGUGUGUGUGCUUUGCAAAGACAAACUGCUGUGUUAAAGGAGUUAGUUUGGAGUGGAUUUCACAAUAAACACAACAAGCAGCCGUGAGAUUGUGAGCCAACACCCAUGCAGAUGUUGGCUGGUAGACGUAUAGAAGUCCUUCAGCAUUUCAUUCUCCUCGUUAAUAUUGUUGAGAUGAGAUUCAGGCGGUGAAAGGUUUCAUUCGCUGAGAGAACACAUCGUCUCUGCGGCGCGUUUAAAACGAUGAUGCAUUUUUGCCUGCGUGAGGUUUACAGGGAUGCGCCUACUUAUGAUUCCAGAUGUGAUCAGAAAGGAUCUGAUUGGUCCGUCAGUGGACCUGAAAUCAAACAUAAAUAAGCAUUUUUGUUUCCUGAUUGGAGACAGUGUGAAAUGUCCCAUGAAUGCCUUGUUUUACUUCAUCCUGCAGUGUUGACACACACACACACACACAGCGGCGCAUUGAGGACAUAAAACUGUAACUAAUGGAGGCAACUGAGAGAAAACCUGCACUUCAAUGUUGUCUGUUCAUUUUCAUCUCUGGCCGUUAUGGUCAUGUGUGCAAAGUACUUUGAAGUGAGGAGCAAACCAAACCGGGACUGUGAGAAGCUCACAAAAGAGACUUUAAUACAGCGUUGUCUUUGUGUACUGAAGUCACACAAACUGCUCUGGAAACAGGACCUUCCUCGGUGGGACGCGAGGGCUGAUGCUGCGGUCACGUCCUCGGCGCUCAUCUCUGCUCCUUCGGUCAGUUUAAAGGGUCGGUUCAGUCACAAAAACUCAAACAAACUAAUGAAUUCACUCCAGAACGUCUAAUCGUGCUUUCUCUUUAACAUGAGCCAGAGCUUUGAUAUCAGGUGAUUUAUUUUACUGCUCAGCCCUGAUGUCUCAGGAAGUGCUAAGAGGUCAAAAGCUGGACGACAGCAUUUAGCAUUUAGUGCCGCCUCAGAAACCAAAUGAUAAACAUGUUAACACGCGUGUGUCUGCAGAUGUUGAAUGUCUUGUGAAAACUAUAACAUGACGCUUUUAUCUCUCCAGGAAAAGGUCCUGGAAACGACGAAAUGCAUUUACAGAUUUGCUUCAGUUUGAUUUUAAUGUAAACUGGCUUUUCUUAUAAAGAGAGUAUUUAAAACCAGUUGUGAGAUCAAAUGUUGUGUGAAAGAUUAUAUGGUGACAAUCAUUUUCCACGGCGCUUUAAAAACAAAGAAGAAAUGCUUGUUGUAUAUAACUGUUCUUUUUAUCGGUGCAAGCACUACUUUAAAAUCACGUACAAACUCCUUUUGCAGCACUGAAAGUAGUCUUAUAGAAAACGCGUUUCAUGACUCCAUGUUGUGUGAGUAUUGUUCCCUUCGUCAUGUCUGUCACUUUAGAACGAAAGCAGUGCCAUAAGUCCAUCACUGGAGCGACAUCUGACUUUUUAUGGAUCCACUUCGUCCACCAGAUGAACAUGAAAAAGUUUUAUAUUUUCAUUGUGUUACUUUAUUGAGUCAAACUUUGGAACCAAACUCAUGUUAUUUUUUUUAAAGCACACAUACUUUAUUUUGUUACUUUUGUCACUAAAGGUCGUAGCUGUGUGUGUGGACAAAAACUUAAAUGCAGUUUGUCUUUGAGCCUCGUGUUCCAAAAUGUGCUCUUGGAUCCCUGAAAUAAAGGAUUUUGUGCAAUCACA